AUGGCAGUUCCUGUGAUUGAUUUCUCUAAGCUCAAUGGUGAUGACAGGGCCAAAACUUUGGCUCAGAUCGCAAAUGCAUGCCAAGAAUGGGGUUUUUUUCAGCUGGUGAACCAUGGAAUCUCAGUGGAGUUGCUGGAGAGGGUGAAGAAGGUGUCAUCUGAGUUUUAUAAGCUGGAACGUGAAGAGAAUUUCAACAAGUCCAAGGUAGUGGAGUUGUUGGAUGAGAGUGGUGAAUUAUUGGAGGAUGCUGAUUGGGAAGAUGUUGUUACUCUGUUGGAUGAUAAUGAAUGGCCAUCCAAAACACCUGGAUUCCAGGAAACAUUGAAGGAUUAUAGGUUUGAGUUGAAGAAAUUAGCUGAGAAGGUGAUGCAAGUUAUGGAUGAAAACUUGGGAUUACCAAAUGGAUACAUCAAGAAGGCAUUCAAUGAUGGAGAUGGUGAUAAUGCCUUCUUUGGAACCAAGGUUAGUCAUUACCCACCAUGUCCUAAACCUGAGAAGGUGAAGGGUCUUCGAGCUCACACCGACGCUGGCGGCGUGAUCUUACUCUUCCAAGACGACAAGGUGGGGGGACUUCAAGUCUUGAAAGAUGGGGAAUGGAUCGAUGUUCAGCCUUUGCCAAACGCCAUAGUCAUCAACACCGGUGAUCAGAUAGAGGUCCUCAGCAAUGGUCGAUACAAGAGUGCUUGGCACCGAGUUUUGAGCUACGUUGAUGGGAAUAGGAGAUCGAUCGCUUCGUUUUACAAUCCGUCUUUGAAAGCCACCAUUGCUCCUGCACCACAUCUGGUGGAGAAAACAAACCAACAAGAGGGAGAAACUUAUCCCAAGUUUGUUUUUGGUGAUUAUAUGUCUGUUUAUGUUCAGCAGAAGUUCCUCCCAAAGGAACCAAGGUUCCAAGCUGUCAGGGCCAUGUAAUAGCAAGCAGAUACAUAAAGAAGCUCAAACCUGAAAUAAUGAGUUUCUUUUUUUCUCUUUUGAUUGGCUGAAAAAGGAGAGCCCCUUCUU